AUGAAGCUCGCCCUCAUCCUCAAUGUCAUCGACCCCAAGAUCGGCGGCGUGAUGAUCAUGGGCGACCGCGGCACUGGCAAGUCGACCACCAUCCGCGCCCUGGCCGAUCUGCUGCCCGAGAUCCGGGUCGUGGACAGGGACCCCUUCAAUUCGGACCCCGAGGACCCCGAGCUCAUGUCUGAGGAGGUGCGUCUGCGCAUCAGGGCGGGCGAGGCCGUGCCCGUGGGCAGCAUGAAGAUCCCCAUGGUGGACCUGCCCCUGGGCGCCACGGAGGACAGGGUGUGCGGCACCAUCGACAUUGAGAAGGCACUCACAGAGGCAUGGGAGUUUGGCGGCGGCUCGGGCAGGCGACCGGGCUGGGGGCGGCGCGGCAGCGUGGGUGCUGAGGGUGUCAAGGCGUUUGAGCCCGGGCUGCUGGCCAAGGCCAACCGCGGCAUCCUGUACGUGGACGAGGUCAACCUGCUGGACGACCACCUGGUCGACGUUCUGCUGGACUCUGCCGCCUCUGGCUGGAACACCGUGGAGCGCGAGGGCAUCUCCAUCAGCCACCCCGCGCGCUUCAUCCUCGUCGGGUCCGGCAACCCAGAGGAGGGCGAGCUGCGGCCGCAGCUGCUGGACCGCUUCGGCAUGCACGCGCAGAUCGGCACCGUGAGGGAGCCCGAGCUGCGGGUCCAGAUCGUGGCGGAGCGCAGCACCUUCGACGAGGACCCCGCCACCUUCCGCGCCAAGUACGAGGCCCGGCAGGCCGCGCUGACCAACAAGAUCGUCGACGCGCGCAAGCGCCUCAAGUCGGUGGACAUUGCGUACGACUUCCGCGUGAAGAUCAGCCAGAUCUGCAGCGAGCUCAACGUGGACGGAAUACGCGGGGACAUCGUCACCAACAGGGCCUCCAAGGCGAUCGCCGCUUUUGAGGGGCGCAAGGAGGUCGAGGUGGAGGACAUUUACAGGUUUGCUCAUGUAGUGCACCGCUGCGGCGGCUGA